AUGCGAUGCGCGAGCAAGGCCGCCGAGAGCGCGUCCGCACGUCUCUGUGCGGACGCCGAAGCAGAAACCACAGCAAAUGAUGUCUCAUCGGUUGCUGAAGCGACUCAGCCUGUGUCACUUGGUGAUGCAGGCGCUGGUCAUGAAGACACUCAUGUCUUCACAGAGUACGAGCUCGGUGUCUCGUACUCUCCUGAUACGGAUGACGGAUCCGUAUCGAAGGCAAUUGAAUCCAAGCCGCCUGCUAAGCGUGGCAUGGACGAUGCUUUGCGUCGCAGCAUCUUUGGUUCAUCUGACGAAUCAGAUGAACCAUCGCCGAAGCGAAGGCGCUCGAGGUCGCGAGACUCGGGCGCUAAUAGUGGUGUCGGUUCUCCAAUGGACACCACUUCACAGCGAGGUGCCAGUACUUCUGUCGGCACGUCGCAGGAAGAGCGGGACCGCAAUGUGUUGCGUCUCGCUCCAGAAAAGAAGGCAUGGAUGCCUCCUAAAUCCGUCAUGGAUCACUUGUCGGCGAUGACGAGUGAUCGUUAUCGAACACGAUUGUUCGAUUCGUCAAGGAUCCAUCACCUUGACCCCAGCGCGAAAGACUAUCGCGCUGAACACGAAUUCUUCAUCGAUGCUUUCUUCAGACAUCGAUGGUACAGUGGUAAUCACAAACGUGAUGGUCCCUCACUACUUCAGGCGUGGAACGCCUACAUCCAUAACCUCGAGGAUGUAGGUCGUGACGCUUGGAACGACAAACUUAUCAAAGCUCGUGAUAAGUUUGAAAAGCGAACCCCGACAGACCCGUGCCCAUGUUGUGUGAACAACUCUGCACGAGCACCUAAGGAGGCUUACCUCCUUACCAGCCCGUGGUGGCGCGUACGUGUCUCUAGUGAGAUGUACGAAGGGAUUGACAACCUGAAAUCCCUUUACGACCGUGCCGGGAAGACUUUCUCCGGCGGUCCUUCUGCGGCACAGGAUGUGCCGCGUCGUACUGCUCAACCAGACCCAGUACGUCAACCAUCAAUUGGGAGCGGGGCUCCCAAGAAUCCCAGGACGGGGGAUAGCCGCGCCACCGGACGAGAUAAUCGUCCGACGUCCGUUCACGUCGCGGUGGUUCAACAGCUGCUCAACUAG